CCAGAGCCAUGGUCAGAGGAAGGAGGAAGAGAAAAGAUACCAGAUGCUUGUGGAAAUGCAGCGUAUCCGUUCCCACGAAGAGAAAAGAGAAAGGGAAACAUUCCUGAGAAACAAGGAGAGGGAGGAAAAGAAAAGGGAGGAUGAGGAGAAAACGAGAGAGAGGGCCCAUCUGGCCAGGCAAAAAAUGGAUGCGGACAGAAGGGAGAGAGAGGUGCGCAGGAUGGAGAGGGAGAUAGUGGUGAAGAGAAAGGAGGUUGACCACAGAGUGAUGUCUGUGAACAGGAAGGUGUUCUCUCUCAGGUCCGAGGCUGAACAAAUCAGGAAGGAGAGAAAGUCACUAAGGAUGUUCCAGAGCAAGCUAGAGAACCUGGGACCAAAUAUGGAAGUCCAGAGCAAGGCUCAGAACCAGGGACUAAAUAUGGAAGUCCAGAGCAAGGCUCAGAACCAGGGACUAAAUAUGGAAGUCCAGAGCAAGGCUCAGAACCAGGGACUAAAUAUGGAAGUCCAGAGCAAGGCUCAGAACCAGGGACUAAAUAUGGAAGUCCAGAGCAGGGCUCAGAACCAGGUAGUGAGAAUGGAAACUCAGAGCGAGAACCAGGAAGUGAAGAGAAGUGUUAAGCAGAGCGCCGACCAAGGCAGACAGAAAUGCUCUGUGGUAAGAGAAAACACCUCUCAGUUACACUUGCAGCUUGGCCAUAGGGUCUGUAUGGGUGGCUAAAUGUAGACACUUUGUUACCACGGGAUUGCAAAGGGCAGGACACAAUUUAUUCAUCUCAUCUGUCUUUAUGUGUGUUGUAGAGUGGGGAAGUGCUGUAUGACUUUUGUACAUCUCACAUGUAAAAAGAAAACGAACAUUCAAUCUGUUUGUUUACUGAUUAGUUGCAGUGUCCUCUUUUUUUUUAUCUCCUUCUUUCUCUCGGUCUCUUCCCCUCCUCUUUCGCAGAAAGCAGAUGAGGAGAAAACACAGAAUGACAUUCAAAGAGAGGAAGAAAAGAGGCAAAUCGAGGAGGGGGACAAGAAGGACGAGAUACUGAGUGUGAGUGAGAGGUUGAGUGAGAGAGAAGGGAAGGGACAGAGAGAGGGGGAGAGGAAGAGUCGAGAAACUGGGAUUGAUGGUAACAUUGAACGUGAGGCAGUUGGUUUGGUAGAAGACAACAGAGAGAUGUCUGAGGACAGAGUCAGCCUGAAAGUGACGGACAAGGAAAGGAGGAGUGAGAAGGCUGUGAGAGUAGAGAAAAAGGAGGCGUCUGAGGAGAGGGAAAUAAAGUUGGAGAGGAAGAGGGAAACAGAGGCUAAGCGGGUGAUAGAGGAGGAGAAGAAGAAGUCUGAGGAUGAACAGAGUGGGAAAAAGACACAAGAGACAAAGCAAGAAAAGCAGACUUCAAAAGAGACAGAACUGAGUGACUGGGAUGUGGACAGUGAGGAGGAAGAGAUUGUGGCGAGGAACUUGAAGAUGAAUAAGAAACAGAAGAGCGAGGUGGUGAAGAAGAAGUCUGAGGAUGAACAGAGUGGGAAAAAGACAAAAGAGACAAAGCAAGAAAAGCAGACUUCAACAGAGACAGAACUGAGUGACUGGGAUGUGGACAGUGAGGAGGAAGAGAUUGUGUCGGCGAAAUUGAAGAAGAAGAAACAGAAAGAGCUGGAAGAGAGGCAGAAGGGGGAGAAAAGGGGGAGAAUGGAGGAGAAGAAGAAGGAAGAAGAGCGCCUGAGGAAUAGGGAGGAGGACAAGAGGAAAGAGGAGGAGAAGAAGCUACUAGAGCAGGUGAGCCUGACAGUCCUGCAGGAAUCCUGGAAGAAGGCUAAAGCGGAGGACAGGAAGAGAUCUGAGGAAACCAAAAUGGACACAGAACAGCAGCACCAGUGGGCUGUUUUUUUCAGUGAGUUGAGGGAGGAGGAGGAGGAGGAGCAACAGCAACAGCAACUAAAGGAGUUGAGGGAGAACAGGAGGAAGGAGUACGUUGUUCAGGGGGGCUUCCCUGUCAACAGGACAACACACACGGCCCCAGGAAAUGAGUCAGCAAUAUCGGUGAGUUCAUAUGAGGAGACUGGCUCUGAGUGUGAGAGGCAGUGGGAGGAGGACAAAAGGAGGGAGAAGGAGAGGAAGAGACUGGAAGAUAAGAAGAGGGAGGAGAUGGCAAAGGAACGGGAGGAGCAGAAGAGUAGAGAGGCGGAGGCGAGGUGGCAGGCACGUCUUGUUCCCAAGAAAAAGAAAGGUGUAUUUAAGUCAUUCUUCAACCUUUUUGUGACAUAGAGCAGUAAAGAAUCAAUAAAAACAUGACGUCUUUUCAUAAUUUUAAUCAAGCAUUUA